CUUAUGCCAAUACGAUCCUCUCUAUUCAGUGUAGGCGGAAGUGAACAGCGACAACAAACAAUUUCCAAGUUAGCAUCGUCAUUUAGACGUUUAUUAACACCCUGGACCUCAAAAUAUGACCAAUCGAACCGUACAGCAUAGCAUACUUACCUCAGGUAGAAUUUAAUUUGCGUUGGAGACAGGACUUGGGGUUGAUAGAUGUUAUCUAGGUAACGCUGCUAACGUUGGCUAAUUGUAACCGUAACGUUAUGAUUUUUCACACUCAAAUAGCCUCCAUUGUGGAGGUGCUAGCGAAUGCAGCCGUUGCAGAGAUCUGUAAACUAGUAGACGACGACUAUGCAGUGUUUCGUUUGGAAAUAAGUCAAAGCCAGAAAGAAAACGGCGCAUUGAGGAGGAAACUUCAGCUACUGGAACUAAAGGUGUCACGGGAGCGCGCAGAGAGGACAAUGCGAGAGCGCAUCAUCGCCAGUCGUCCCAGAAGUGUCAAGAUCCUCGACCGAUACAGAGGAAUGGCAAGAGGUGAAGGACAUCUCACUGGACGCUACAGGAGCUUUGGGAAGCCAGCGGGACACAAUACAUGGAGAGAUGACCAACCAAUCACCUUUGAUGAGGGGAGAGGAACCUCAACCCAGCACAUCAUCACGAUAGAGUCAGCAGAUGUUGUGGCGGCAGGUUCUGGAGGAUCGUCUCUGGUCAAGCAGGAGAGGACUGAAGGGGAGGACCCACAACACAGCAGAGACAUCCAGACUGGUGAAGCGGCUGUAGUUGCACCUCUUGUUACCACGGAGGACCACGUGACCGCGGUGCAGCCCAGGACCCGACGCAUCAUCACGGAGGUCAAUGGAACGCUGAACGCCGUCGUCAAGUCAGAGACCGACACAGAGACUUUAACUGUAACACAAAGGCUCUUACACACAGGAUCUGACCACAGAUCAGACCCAGAGAGACUGGGGCUGAGGCCACUGGGCUGUCCUCCGGCUCCCAGUUCAGAGUAUUUACUUUACGGUAACCCAAAUCCGAGGAUGGUUCAUUCCCAUCGGGACUCAGGUGACGCAUUAGAGACUGGCAGUGAUCCGUCUUGUUCUUACGCUACAGAGAUGGACCCUGACAACAUGGCCUUGGGUUUAGAGACACAGACUGAUCUGUCUAGAGGGGACUGGAACCGGUACAGUAGUCGUGUACACUCUGAAGGGUGCCUAGAUAAGAAAGGAGAGGGUCUGGUUGUAGAUGAAGUGAUUGUGAAAGUGGAGGGCGACGUUCCUCCCACAUGGAAUGCAGAUAGUCACCUAGGAGACGGACACUCACAGGGAAGAGAUUUCUUAGAUUACAGGGAAUGCUUAGAAACUAAUCCAAAUGUCACAACCCACUCCCCUUUACUCGCGCUCAGAGAUCGUGACCUCGUGUCCACAUCGAUGGGGCCUUCCGAUUCACACAACUGCCUUUUUGAUCAGGUAUUGAACUCAAAUGACAGGGCUACAGGCCAGGCUCAGGGAGGGGCAGCCACAUCAGGCAAUGUUAAAGAGAAACGGUUCCUCUGCAUGUUCUGUAACAAAGGCUUCAGCUGCCCCCAGAAAGUGAAGAUCCACCAGAGGAUCCACACAGGGGAGAAACGCUUCAGGUGUACCCAGUGUCAUAUGCGCUUCGUCCAGGCUGGUGACCUGAAGAGGCACCAGAGGGUCCACACAGGGGUGAAACCCUUCAGCUGUACCCAGUGUAAUAUGCGCUUCGCCCAGGCUGGCCACCUGAAGAGGCACCAGAGGGUCCACACAGGGGAGAAACCCUAUAGCUGUCCCCACUGUGAGAAGAGGUUCUCCCGACAGGACCAGCUCAAGAUGCACCUGAAGGUCCACACGGGAGAAAAGCUGUUUGCAUGUACGCACUGAGCUACCUCAGGAUACACCAGCAGAAAAAAACAUUCCACUUUUGAGCAUAGAAAGUAACCAUUCCACUCGAUAGCUUCUGACGUUUAGAUCAAACCCAGCAUUAAGACUAAGAUUAAUUUUCAUUGUUGUCUGCAGAAAAGAUCGACAGAUGCGUUUGGAAUAACGUCAGUAACAGAAUCCGUGUUGAAUAUUCCUGGGUAGAAUAUUGCAUCCAGACAUUGUGUGAUAAGGCAUAUUUAAGCCUAAAAAGUCAAAUUAAAUUGUAUUUGUUACAUGCUUCAAAAACAGGUGUAGACUAACAAUGAAAUACUUACGGAUCCUUAUCCAACAAUGCAGAGUUAAAGAUGCAUUUUUAUAAAGUAAUUAGAGUAAAAAAAUAGACAAAUGAACAAUAACGAGUAAAAAUAACAUGGCUACAGGGAUUAGCAGCACCGAGUCGAUGUGCAGGGGUACGAGGUAAUGGAAGUAGCUAUGUACAUAUAGUUAGGUACUAGGCC